AAACCAUUCAACUUUUAUUCAAAAUAUUUUUUUCUACCUCUUAUAGUUUUCAUUAUAUUCUCUUCGAAUGAAAAAAAAUCAAUUUUCUUCAAAGGGGUAUUCACCACCUAAACUCGCGAAAGGCCACAUAUAAUAAAAUAUGUAUGUGUUAUUUUUAUCUAAAGUACAACAUAUUCCAAGUUCGUAAAAAUCGAAAGUGGACACUUGUGUGAGUUUCCUUGUUAAACAGAAGCUUCUCAGGACAAGAGCUUCAGAUUGCCAUGAGUUUAGUAUAUUCAACUUCUCUCGAUAUAUAAUUUCAUUUGAUAUCUGUUUCACUCAAUUUGCGAGCAAAAAAUCGCCCCCUUUUUUGGACAAUCUCCUUCCCAGCUUUGCUCGCAACACACGCCGCAAAUAGCACGCGCGGUCGAAUUGUCGAACGGGUUUUUUUUUUUAUCGCGAUUGCUGUCGCGCGCCCAUCGACACGUGUCGAGCGAACUGCUGUCGUUAUGUCGCCGGAAAUGAUCGAGCUGUUUCGGCGUUCCGAAGCCAAAUUCUCGAUAAGCGUCGAUCGGGUCGGGGAAAUGCGGAAAACAGCGAGGCUUCCGUGCUGGAGGGACGCGACGCGGAAUUGUCAUGCGAAGGCGAGUCGCCGAUAAUAACCGCCGAUAAUAACCUGCCGCGAUUACGUGUUGCGUCUGGCAACGCGCGGCCGUAACGAACCGGCUGGAUUCGCGUAAAGUGCGCUUUAUUCCCAGCAGAUAUACGUUUUCUCACUCGCUACGGCAACGGCAAAAUGAAAGUUUUUGCUUCUUCGCGAGCUCUCGUCGGCCGGCAGGUCGGUGGCGGUCGUUCCCGAAGCGACGCAAUAUGAGAAAGCGCGUUCUCGCGCGAUUUUAUUGCCGCGGAUAUGCAGAUGAAAAAAAGCACCAGCGCCAUUAACGGAUACGAUGUAUUGUGCGCGAAAUGAUAAAAGCGCGGGAAUAGCGCGAUAGUCUCCGGACGCUCGAUUGCUUCCGUAUCUUGGAGGGAAAGAAUUCCACUCCGUGGAAAGAAGAUUUCUUGGGAUAAUUUAUUGACGUAUAGUUUCGAAGGCACGGAGAUAACCGGUUUUUUCCAUUUUUCUGCGAAUUUUUUCAGUUUCUUUCCCAAGGGUUGAAAAAUUCGUUUGGAAGAGUUCAUGUGUAUUUGGUUAGAACCUACUACUUUUUUUCUUUUUUUUUUCAUUGAGAGACUGUAUAUAAAAAUGUAAAUAGGUUAAUUUUUUUUGAGGAGGGGAUGCAGGGAAAAAGAUUCCGUCUCAUAUAUAUGCAUUAUUUACCAUAUUUCAAUGUACAUUGCAUGUAAAAAUUAAUAAAAACUCCCUUUAUAAAACUUCUUUUGUUAAUAACUUUUUACAACAAUGAGCAACGUCUAAAAUCUUUUGAAUGUUACUCAGAAACAUAGCCUUGAUAACAUAUGUCAAAAUCAAGGUCACAGAAAGUGGAUCCCCUACUCGAUAUUUUUACCAAAAAUGUAUAGAUUGAGUUAAGUUAGAUUCUUUUUGGGGAGAGACCUUCCCUCGCGCAUAUAUAUGUACUGUUUACCAUAUUUCAAUAUACACUGUGUAUAAAAAUAAUGUUCAACUUAUAAAACUUUUUUGUUAAUAACAAACGACGAGCGACGGUUAAACCUGUUGAAGAGUAUUCAGAAGAGUGACCUUCAUUAAUAUAUUCAUUAAUAUAUCAAGAGAUUAUAGGAGCUGGGUUCUCUUUUUUUAUCUAAUAAUUAUUUACGAGAACGUAAGUGUGUGGAUGUUUCAUAGGCUAUGCGGAAUGCGCGCACAGCGAAUGUGCCUAUUAACAGGUCUCCUUGAGGUUUUCCAAAAUAGCGUGGGGCAAAAGCGUCUCCUGCCUUCGAUUUUCCGCGCGUGGCAGCUCGUUAUCGCGGCGAGCGAUGGCGCUAUUAUGCGCGACGAACUUGUAAUUACCUCGUUGUAAUUUCGCCAUAGCGCGACGAAGAGCAUCGAUCUCGCCAAGCUCUUGCUAACAGUUUCGACCUUUUGCAGUUAUCUCGUUUCUGACAACUCUGAUAUAUGUUGUACGUAAUACUCGAAACACUAAGUGAUUAAAAAUUGCGUAGGUAUGUCAUCACAAAUAAUUGAGUGAAAUAAUUGAGUAAAGUUCAUACGAUAAACGAUCAAAAUUAAUGAAGGAAAGGUAAAAUAAAGUAAAAUGCAAAUAGGUGAAGUAAAAUAAAUGCAGGAAUGUUGUAAAAAAGUGAUAAAUCCACAAGUCAACGUCAAUGUAGAGAAGAUCGAUGUGUGGAGGAGACUUGGUCAACUUGGCCAUGCGUUUCGUUCGUGUAUUUAUUGUGUGAAAAAUAACAGAAAACCCAGACAACAUGAGCUCUAAAAACGACGCAUAAGAUGACUUUAAGAUGCCUUUUAGUCAUCUUUAUGAUAUAUCUUUUAGAAGUGUCAUAAACAUAACUAAAAGACAUCUUAAAGUCAUCUUGCGCGUCAUUUUUAGAGCUCGUACUGUCAUAGAACGAUCUCAUUAGAACAUGAGUUAGAAUAUACACUAAGAAAAAUAGUCUUGCAGUUUUAACAAAAGUUAUCUAAAUAUGAGAAAUUGGCUGAGAUCGGUAAAUAACUAGCAAACACUGCAAAAUGGUAUAUGUUUUAUAUUUAAUCGCAUAUAUUUUAUAUUUAAUUUUAUUUAUGUUUUAUAUUUAAUACAGAUGACAGAGACAGAAUUUCUAUUUAAAUUAUUUAUGAAAUUUUGUAAAAAAUCUCUCUAUGUAACGUCCAUUCAGAUUAAAACCAGUCUACUUAUAAAAGUUGAAGAUUAAACCAGUUUACUUAUAAAAAUUGAAGAUUACAAAGAAGAAAAAUAGACAAAGAAGAUUAGCGAAGAAAUAAACGAAUAUAUAAUUCUCCACUCACCUAAAUUUACUCGCAAACAUCGCUGCUUCUGUAAAUUUUACGUAGCAUAGAUAAUUUCCUAGCAGAUAUAAAAAACAGUGAUAAAUUUUAACUGUGACAUUUAAAAUUCAGGAUCAGCAAAACAUUUUUGUCAGUGCACACGUCGAUGUAACAUUGAUUUUUUGAUUUAUUACUUCGCUACACAACAACGUUCUUACCCUCAUUUGCCUUUUGAUUCUCUUACGCAAAUAAUUAAACUAAAUUAUUUAUUCAUUUAAUUAAAUGAUAUAACUAAAAAGAAAUUUUCAAUAUAUUAAAUGAUAUCAUAUUAAAUUGAUAUCACAUUAAAUAAUAUUAUAUUAAGCUAAAUAAUGUUACAUUAAAUAAUUCAACAUAUAAAAUGAUGUAAUUAAAAAAAACCUUCAAUAUAAUCCGAACACACAAACCACAGCUACAACUCUUGGAGCAUUGCGUCUCAGCGCGAAUUAUUUCGCGAUCUGUUUUCACGGCGAAAGAAUCCAUCCUGGGAACUGAUUCCCAGGAGGCGCAUAACAUGCGCGGACACGCUUAUCAGACGUUUCUGCGAGCGCUCAUUCGAGUAACGUGUGUUGCACGUAGUGCGUUCACGAUCGAUUCCAAUCUCCUAGGAAGUUCGUUGCAGGUGAACGCAGCGAGCGUUCCAAUGCGAGCGAGCCGUACCGGCGCGGCGUAUUUCGCGAAUUCAUUAAAGCCGCUCUCUCGCGAAUGUUUUACGUAACAACUGUGUCGUGACGCACUCUCGCGAUUGAUCAACGUGGGGCCGGCUCGUUCGCGAUACAAAUUGACGUCCGCUCGGCUUUUGCGACAAUCCCGACGCGGCGCGAAUUAUCCUCGUCAAACGUCAGGAUAUUACAACGGCGAGGGGGAAUCGACAUCGUCGAUUCGCGCGUCGCCGAUCAAAGGGAAUUUUUUUUUCCGUUUUCGCUCGCCCACACCCGGCUUCCAUUUAAUAUUUGCAAAAUCGAGAUCCGACCUUUAAUAAAGCGCAUCCAGCGCGCAAAAACGUCCCGACCCGAUUAACGAGCCGCUCGAUGUUAUUCCACGUUAACCCUCGCAAAGAGAUAACCCACGUUCCGGCGCGAUGACAGGGGAUGAUAUUAUUUACACGUCCGAUUCGCGCAUCCCCGAAGCUCGCGGGCAAAGCGUAUGAAACAUGAUCAAAGAUUGAUCGAAAAACCAGCCGACAUAAACGUCAUCUCGCGUGUAAUUGGAUUACUCCACCAAAAUAGUCUUGCAGCGACAAUUAUCUAGAUAAAUUCUAGAUAAUUCUAAAUAAAUUCUAGAUAAAUCUAGAGAAAUUAGUUAAGAUGGACAAAUGACUAGCAAACACUUGCGUAUUUUUGUAUUCAAUCCAUGACAGAGACAGAAUUUCUAUCUGAACCAUCUGUGAAAUUUAGCAAGAGAAUCUCUCUGUGGCGCCCAUCCAGACUAAAACCGGUCACGCUUUUAUCAAAACUGAUUGUGGUAGACGAAAAAAACUUACGACGAGUGACAAACGAAUGUAUAAUCCACACACUCAUAUAAAUUUACUUGCAGAUAUUGCUAAAAUGCUGCUGCUGUGUAAAUUUUACACAGACAAUUUUCUAGAGGACACAAAAACAGUGGUAGAUUUUAACUGUUUAAACAUUUAGAACUAAUAAAACUAAAACUGUGCUUGAACUCUACUUGUCCUUUAUGUUAAAUAUUUAAACAUUUAGAGUUAGUAUUCGGACCAGCAAGACAUUUUUUGUGUGAUGAUCACAAACACGCGACGCAGCGCUUCUACACACAGAUAAAUACAUACAAAUACAGUGAAAUUAAUGUUACUUGUUUCAAAUGUUUAUAUCAAAUCCAUUAUAAGUCAUCGUAAGUAUCAAAUUUAUUUAAAAUACAUUCUGGCUUCUCUAGUAAGUUCAGCAUUUCAAUCGAGAAUAUUAAGUUAAAACAAAAAUUCGGUUUGCUCACUAUAUGAAGUUGGAUCAACUUUUUUAGUUUGAAGUUCCAUCAUAUUCUUGCAAAGAAAAUUAAUUCUUUGACAUACAUAAAUAAUAAUAACAUACAUAAUAAUGAGCUUUUCAAAAUUUAUGAAUAUAGAAUUAUGAGUAUAAAAUUUUAAUAUAUGAAUAUAGAAUUUUAAUAUACUUUUCGAGCAGUUACUGGACAGUUUAAAAUGAAACUACUUGUAACCCCAAUCAAGAUAGCGCUCUUCCUGCAAUCAUUUUACGCAAAAGAUGCGUAAAAUCUGAACCCCCUUACGAAACCAGAAUAACACCUAAGAACGAGAACAGAACAGAAUGGAUAAAAAGCUAUUUAAUUUAUUACUAAUUAAAUCUGCUGCUCAUAAAAAUGAACUCAAUAUUAUUUCGAUUCUUAUAUACUAUUUAAUUGAAUAAUUUUAAUACUAAUAAGUCAUAGCGCAGGAUAUCUUUAGUAUGUAAUAUAUAUUUUCAUAUUUCUUACUCUUUACGUGAUAUUUUUCAUAAUCAUCAAAUGAGAUAUAUGUUCUUUUAUCCAUUCUUGAAGUUACAUUAUUUUAUUAGGUUCUGAGUUUUUCAUCUGUCUUAUCAUUGUCAUCAGUCUUAUUAUUGUCAUCAGGAUAGAUUGAUGUGUUUCUUCUCAUUGCAGUGAAAUUCUGUAUCAUGAACAUAUAUUCCAUUUGUCUUACUCACUCUUUCUAGCCUUGGUUAUCAUCUACCUUGGUCAUUAAACUUAAUUUUGUCAAAUGCCUUAUUAUUAAAUCCUCUAAUUUUCUUUUUUAUUGUUUUUCUACACGUUCACUCAUUGUUUACGCAAUUUUAAGCUCCUUUUUAACAAUCUAAAUAAAUAUGUUUUAAAUUUAUUCACGGCAGACAUUAUCCCACACAGCAGAGGUGUCCAAAAUAUAUCAUAGGGAUAUCCUAAAGAUAUAUUUGGGAUAUGUGAUAUCUUCAAGAUAUCCUUAUGAUAUAUUUAGGACAUUUCUGCUGUGUGGGAUGAUACACACACAAAUUGUAAAACUGCAAAAAAUAGUAUGUUUGGUCUACACAUAAAUCUGAUUGGACCAACCAUACUGUUUCCUCUGUGUGAAUUAAUAAUAUUACAUCUUGGAAAGAAUUAGCCCACAUAUUGUACAGUAAACUGCUCCAGCCGCCGAAUGAAACUCUAUCAAGUCCGUGUUCAGUUCCUACGCAGUAUUUUUACAAUUAGUGGGAAUGCAUUAAUUUUAAACAAUAACUGGACUAAUGUCUACGCAAAUUGCACACAUUUCUCCCAUCUUAAUUCCCAACUUCAAAACUGUGUAAUGAAGAAAAUAUUCUUUGUCGAAGAUGACUUAAAAGAAGAAAAGUAAGAAAACCGAGUGAUCGCUUUUCUUCGUAGCAGAAUGAUAUUUUUCUGUAUGUAAUUUUAGCAGCGAGAGAAUACUGUCUCACGGAUUAUACCGUUCGACAACAGGCCGCAGCGAAUUAUUCAGAACAUUCGUGCAUUGAUCCAUAGGUGAGUGCAUUUCGUAACCACCCGUCCCGUCGUACGGUUCUCCGCGAGGUGUCCUUACGCGCUCGUCGUGUGUCUUCGAGCAGGAGACAGACUUCCGAAAAAUUCGACCCGCGCGACUUCGAACAGCGGGCCGAACUUUCACUCGGUCGGCUCUGUCGUCGUUCUGCACGGCGGUCCCUCAGCCACGAUACGAGGAGGCGACGCGGUCGCCACUCGAGAAGGGAGAGCGGACAGAAGCGAGGCAGAAGGAGAAACGCGAGAGAAGGAAGGAAGCGGGCUCGAGCGAGCAAGCGAGCAAGCAAGCACGCAAGCAAGCACGCACGCACGUACGAAACGACUACGAAACGCGGAGCACUCUCUGGCGCGGGAAAGGGAGAGGUUUAGUGACCUCGGUGUGUUCGUCGUCGUCCUAAGGAGAAGCAGAGGGAGUAGGACGACGACGGCGACGGCCACGGCGAGGACGACGACGUGCACGAGCACGGGCACGAGGCGCGACGACGCCGAGCGCGACGGGACGACGAGGAGUGGCCGAGAAGAAGAAGAGCAAAUUGGUGCUCCCGGUAGCAGGGGCCCAUGAGCGUCGUGGAGGAAACGAUACGCCGCAGCGCGUCGAGGCGCAGCAGACACGGGCCGCGCGGCGGCAGCUCGGCUGGCGCCGAUUGGCCCGCGGCGGGCUCGCGGGGCCCGGCCCAGCCGACCCCCACCAUCGCGUCUACCAGCUCGUCAGCCUCUGCCAGGCCCCAGGACAUCGUGGGCCCGACCAAGCGGCAGUCCUCGCGCGACAGCAGCGUCGACUCCGCCGGCCAGCACACCCCACCCGACCAAGCGGACCUCCUCUUCAAGGUGAUGCUGCUCGGAGAUAGUGGCGUUGGGAAAACCUGUCUCCUGACACGUUUCCGCGACGGUCGCUUCCUGGCGGGCAACUACAUAACGACCGUCGGCAUUGACUUCAGGAACAAGGUAGUCACCGUCGACGAAACGCCGAUCAAGCUACAGAUAUGGGACACAGCAGGCCAGGAGAGAUUUCGGAGUGUGACGCACGCUUACUACCGAGACGCUCACGCGCUUCUGCUGCUGUACGACGUGACGAAUAAGGCGAGCUACGACAACAUCAGGGCUUGGCUGAGCGAAAUCCGGGAACACGCGAACGAGGAUGUCGUCAUCAUGCUGCUGGGUAACAAGUCCGACUGCGGGACGGAGCGCAUCGUUAAGAGGGAAGACGGUGAACGAUUAGCGAAGGAGUACAAAGUGCCGUUCAUGGAAACGUCUGCCAAGACUGGCCUCAAUGUCGAGCUGGCGUUCCUCGCCGUUGCACGGGAGCUGAAGGCCAGAAAAAGCGACAACCCCGACGAGACGAAAUUCAACGUUCAAGACUACGUGCGUCAGCAGUCGCAGCGAAGCUCCUGCUUCAAUUCCAGCUGCCUGACAACCUGAACAGCUUUUUCUCACGGUCUCGAGUCCGGGGAAACGCGAGCGUUCAGGAGUACGUCCGCGUGGGAGACACGGCGCGGGAAUUUUUCGUCAAACGAGCCAAGCGAGACUCGUUUCGAUUUCCGCGCGAGAUCGUCAGUGUUAUACACGUGCAACAUUCACACACACGGCGCGACCACGGUAUAAAUUUUGUACACGACUCAUGGUAACUCUUCAGGUACAAGUUGCAACUUAUGCUCAAGAUCGAUUUCAUAUACUCGGCUCGGUGAAUCGGAAUCAGACGGCGUAGCUAGCUCGAAGCGUCGAUAUCCUUCAGCGAAACGUCACCGCGAACAUUGCUAAGCGAUGUCGAGACCGGGGAACGCGGAAACGAGUCGACGGUUCUUGAGGUCGGAGAGCUGAAUUCGUAGCGCGCGCGCGCGCGCGCGGAGAGUUGUCGUUAAACGUAAAAGAAAAUAAUAAUAAUAACAAAGACGUGUCAAUGGUUAUUCGCACACACGUGCUGUAUAUUAAUGUGAAUAGUUCCAGAGGAAUAAUAAUAGAAUCUCAGGAUACCCCUGUAGGUGAGCCUCUAGCUCGACGGCUCUAAUUUUAAUGGCGUGCACACACGCGACGCCAUGAUGUCGGCGUGUCGCGUGCAGCGCGCACACACACGCAUACCAAUUCGCGCAGCGCGACACGCGAUCAAACAGUCGUAACUCGAGUGUAACUUACAACACGCUGCUUUGCCGUACUUCGUAAUCGUCUGUUACGUUGCGCCCCGCGUGUUUAGCCGCUAUGUUUGCGUAAAGGAGCGUAAUCUUCGAUUUGCAUACAAUGCGCUCGUUAUACGAGCUAUAGCGCGCGGUGGUCGCACCUCGCCUCGGUGUCUGUGAGCGCUCGGGAACGAAUGAAAUGUCAACUCGCAACUCGCCCGAUGUGUGUAUGUCUUAUGUAAGGUAAAUGUUCCAAUAAUUGAACCCUGGUCCAAUGGUUGGAACAUUAGAAACACAUUUGUGUUUAAUAUUUCUAAGAAAGUGUUGGAAAUUUUGUUGAAAGAUACUUUUUUAUGCCAAUUUGUGAUAUCGAUUAUUUAUUACUAAGUCUAUAUUCUUCAGUAAUUAGGACAUAAUUUAUUUUUCAGUUCAAUUACCGAUGCAACUGGUAUUAUCUAUUUUAUUUGAUAUACGAUAAUAAUUUAUCUAAUAUAUCUAAUAAUUUGUCUAAUAUAUUUCAUUAAAAUUAUUAUUGAUAUUUAUUAAAUAUUUUAUUUUCCUAUUGUUUCUCGAUCUCGCUGAUAAACCAAAGUUUUAUAUAAAUAUUAAUUAAUUAAAAAAUUUAAUUUAUUUAAAUUCUUAUUAAAAUUUAUUUAUUUAAAUUCUUAUUAAAGUUUUCUUUGUUAAUUAAUGAAAUUAAAGUUUUUAACUUUACUAAUUAUUUGUUAAUAAAAAUAUAAAACUGCUUUCUUAUUAGUUUACUUAUUGAGACAUUUACCUUAUUAUGUAGUCGCGAUAUAGCGCUCGAAAGAGGGAGAAACCACAUCUCUGUCUCUGUUUCUCUUCUAGAAGAGUCCAGAAACGACUCGUAGCUGCCAUCUAGCGGAUCCACGCGCGGAAGUGAGCGGUUCACGAUGCUUCUCUCUCUCUUUCUUUCGUAGCAGCAUGUAUAUGUGAAGUUUUCAGAUCUGUUUUUUUAACUAAACUAUCUGAACUGAUGCAAUAAAUUAGAGUGAGACAAAUAUAUUUUGUUUCACUCUAACUUAUUGCAUCAGUUCAGGUAGUUCAGCUAAAAAAAAAACAGACCUUUCAUGAUCGUUAGCUAAGCGUACGCGCGCGUUUUGUACGCGAUUAUUGAGAUAUCUAUCGGAGUAUCCCGAUGCCGAUUGGUCGAAAGGAGUGUGGGAAGAAAGGAGGAAAUAGUUAUAUGUGUGAUUCAAGGAUUUCAGAAUUUUAUCGAUUGUUAUCGAGUCAGAGUUCUAAGUGAAGUUGAGAACCGCCAUGUCGGGAAGAGUCAAUAAAGCUCGCACUGUUUAAUGAAGCUCCAGCCACGUCACCGAUUGCAUAAUCGCGCUUCGGAUUUUUCUAAAACCUUCAUUUCGCGGGGAAUCAACGGGGAGUCGUCGGCGACUCGUCCACUUCACGAUGGACGGAAAUCCGAAGGGAUGGUUUUAGGCAGGACGAAGAUAUAUAUCGUAUGUGUUACAUCCUGGUAUAUAUGAUAUGCAAUCUAUCUUUUACCUGCAGUGUACAAAUGACAAAUAUAAUUUCGUGUAUUAAACGUGUAUAUCAGAAGACGUAUAUGAAAUAAAAAUCGACCAACUGUAUUGAA